ACGUGGAUUGUAUGUUGUUUUGAAUCGUGUCGGACGUUUGAAACAUUGACACGAGCACGUACAAAAGGUUCUCUGGUCUGAGGUCAUUCGAAUGACGGUAAACUACGUCUCCAAUCGUGCGAAUUCGACAUGGAGAAGUACGAGGUACUCGGUCAGGUCGGCGAAGGAUCUUUCGGGCAAGUCUACAAGGCCAAGAAGCGAGCGGACGGUGAAGUUGUCGCUUUUAAGGUUAUCAGAAAGCGCGGUCGUUCGCUUAAAGAGCUCAAGAGUCUGAGACAGGAAUGUGAAAUACAACGUCACCUCCAUCAUCCAAACAUCAUACAAAUGUUAGAUUCUUUCGAGACUGAAAACGAGAUCGUUGUCAUUACGGAAUAUGCUGACAAAGAGUUAUAUGAAAUAUUAGGAAAAGCUGGCCGCUUGUCAGAGGAAAGAGCCCAAGUUAUUGCCUGCGAUCUUGUCUCCGCACUUUACUACUUACAUUCAAAUAGAGUGCUUCACAGAGAUUUGAAACCCCAAAAUGUUUUGCUUGAGGCUAACGGUGUGGCUAAAUUGUGUGAUUUUGGAUUUGCUCGAAGCAUGAGCACCGGCACACAUGUUCUCACUUCGAUAAAAGGGACCCCUCUUUAUAUGGCUCCAGAGCUAAUUGAAGAAUGUCCAUACGACCACAACGCUGACUUAUGGUCCCUUGGCUGCAUAGUUUACGAGCUAGUGGUUGGAACGCCUCCCUUCCAAACAACUUCCAUAUUACAUUUGGUCAGACUCAUAAGAUUUGAGGCAGUCAAGUGGCCAGACUAUAUAUCAGAAAACUGCAAAAGCUUUCUGCAGGGUUUGCUUCAAAAAGAUCCCUCCCUGAGGCUCACUUGGCCAGAUCUUCUGAAUCACCCAUUUGUCAAGGACAGGAUCCUGAUGGUCGGUAGAACUGCUCCAACACCGUUCACAACUCCCUUGUCCGCGAGUCAAGCACGAGCUAAACAACAACAGCUUCAAAGUCUCGCCAUGCGUUCCACUAGUCAAUCAAAAGUUCUGGAAAAAGCAGUACAAAAAAUUCAAGAACAAGAACGCAAACUAAGGGAACAGCGCCACAUGACUUGCGUCUCUCAGCCCCGAUACCCAAUUACACGUGGAUAUUGUCAAAACCGGCAAUGUCAAAUUUUGUGUCGCAGUGAACCUAGUGGAUCGGAUUCCAGUGCCAGUGUUGACGUGCUGCUUGGGAAUCUGAGCCUAAGGGCAUCUUUGCGGAGCGAUCUGCUUGCCGCAGAUCACACGCUGUGCCAGAAUGAUUGCCCUAACACUAACGUUAGGCAAGCUUCCAUCAUGGGGACACUUGAAACUGCGCAACCGAUGAAGACGGACGAAUUCAGAGAAAAAUCUACCUCCCGACGGACGUCUAAGGACAAUAAUUCACAGGCUCGGGGUGAUGGAGCGAGUGUUUGCCACAGAGAUACAUCUGCAGUUGAACAACUGCCCGGUGCCGAUGGUGAUUACAAGCAGAGUCGUUUGAGUUUCGACUAUGAUCAAGAAUUUAGUGUAGAUAUAGCUAACAAGCAAGUCAGACUUUCUGACUGGGAUCCCAGGGCGGUUGAACAACCUAUAGAAAAUGAGGAGUGGGUGGCUUUUCUACAACGAUCAAUGGAAGAAGUGAUGGAUGGAGAGGUCGUGUCGUUGCUGCAGCAAAACUGCGUUUCCGUGUUUGUUUCGCCUCUAAGAAACCCAGCCGCAGGAUGCCGGGUCGUCGAAUAUGUCGCCUGCCUCUUGUCCCUGCCUUUUGUCGUUCCGAUGAGUGCGGAACGCCUGAAUAAAAUAAAACAAGUCUAUCUGGACGUCAGGGUUGUCCCAAAUCUGGUCUAUGCAGUGAAGCUCUUGAUGUCGGAACGCCGAGAAGACUCGAGUCCUUCGCCGACCGGCGACACGCGGUCAGCUGCCACUUUGUCAGCGGACGAGCUGCAGGCACUUGAAUGUGUGAUGUUGAUGCUGUGCAGACUUGUUUACGUUCAGGAGCAGUUUCUGACGCAGCUUUGCGAUGCUAUUUACAUUGUAAACGGUAUGCCUCUUCUUCAGCAGCUCAUCACUUUGGAGAAACGGAAGUCCAGGGUCGUUGCCGACCUUGUAGCCAUAUUCAACAACGUUCUCAGGUGUCAGCCUGAAAACGCCGAGUUGGUGGAAAGAGUCGUCCUUCGCACAAAGACACCCGUCGAACAACUUAGCAAGCUCCUCACGCACAGACAGAGCGUUCUAAGGGCAAGAAGCUGCACGUUGGUCAGAUUACUUGGAAGGUUCAGCUGCAGGGCACUACAGCAGGCCUGGGGUAGGCCACUUAGAAAUCUACUCGAGAGUCUGACACUAGACAACGAAGAAGUAGUGCGUAACAUGAGAAUACAUCGAUUGCUGAUUGGAACCGCUCGUUUGCAGGCCGCUGAAGAUGCGGUUAGUGAGUUGAAGCAACUGCUGUAUUACAACCAGCAGAGUCCAACCGGUUAACUGCAAUACGUUCAUCAUCAUAAGUAUCAUUAAGACGUUCUGUGUUUCCGUUCCAACCUGUGCGACAUGGAUCUAUUUUCAGUGAGUUUUUAAUUUUUUUUUAUUUUCUUUUACAGUUAUUUUCAAUUGCAUUUCAAAUUCAAGAUCAAGGGUGCUUUUCUUCGAUUGUUAUCGAGCAUUAAUUACGGCGAAAUACUUUAAUUUCUGGAAAGGUUUAUUUAGCGAAAAAGUACAUCAUAAUAAUGUGCUUAUUAUUUUUUAUCCCAUCGUUCUCAAAAAAAAUAAGUAUAAUUUGAAGAAGAACAUAAUUCAUGGUUACUGUAGCAAUUUCUGCCGACGAAAAGAUCAAAUAAGCUUUACGCCGAUUUUUCAUACUUUUCGUAUUACCGUAAAAUCGUGAUAGGAGUAAUCUGUAUGUGAUAUGAAUUUCGCGCAUUGAUUAUAUACAUAAACAUUUACACAUAAAUUAGCUUUAUCAUUAGUGAAUUUACAGGGUCAUUUAUUCGUUGCGGAACACCGGGUU